AUGCUAGCGCCGACCGAUCGCCUUGGCUGCCACUUCUUCCUCGUCGACUGCGUCCAUAGCGGCAGCCCCAUCUUUCGACCGAGCUACGUCCGGUGCCAGAAAACCCAAGGCCAAAAGAUACUGCGCUGCUUUCCACACUGCUGUCCGGGCCACGUGCACUACCGCAACUGCGGCGCGUCGCUCUACCUUCGGACCACGCACCACAUGCCAUCUCCCCUGCAUGUGUUUGGGCUCUUCUCGCUUUGCGACGAGGACCCGUACCCGGCCGGGACCGUCGUCGACGCCAGCCUCGUCCAGCGUGAGCUCCGUGUGCCGUCCAACCCGCGCGGCUCGCUCGUGAGCGCAGUCCGCGACGAGAUCAUCCCCAACGCGUUCCGCUUCGACGAAAAGGAGCUUAACGGGUGGCAGUACAGCUGGAAGAGCGGGCGCAGCAAGGCCCAGCGCGACCUCGCCCAUGUCUUCCGCGUACGUCAAUGCUCUUGA